CUCCGCAGGACUCGAGCGCCAAAAGGGGUGUGAAGGAGUGCACUCAGCACUGUUUUGUGGUCAUAGACACCGUCGACUGGUUCUUCGGCGAUAUUGUCCUCUGUUGAAUUCGCUUCAUCAGCACUCAGCGUCCGUUAUCAGCAGUGCUAUCGUCAUUCAGGCGCCUGUCGUUUGCCGCCGCAGCAGCCAGCACCUCGCGACUCGCCCGCACGCCACACACGAGACCGAAUCCCCUCCUGUGCAGCAGCAUGUCUGUGAGGGUUGGCCUGCCGGCCUCCGAUGUCGCACCGGAUGCCCUGAAUCGCAAUAAGAAGACGCCUGCUGACUUUGGUGCGGACGCUGUGAGUCGGACUAGCAAGAUGGCGAGGUUGGAGAAGCGGUUGCUGUGUGACAAGACUGUGGCGUACAUCGGUGCGCCGUUCAAUGACGGGCAGGAGCUCAAGGGUGUGGACGAAGGGCCAAAAGCGCUCAGGUACACAGACAGACAGACAGACAGACAGAGAGGGAGGGAGGGAGAUAACCAGGUGAGUGAUCAAAUGCGGCCGGCCUCUGUGUGUGUGUGUGUGUGUCAGGGAUGCUGGUUUGCGUGCGUACACGAUGAAGAUGGGUUUUGCGUUUGAGGACUGGGGAGACAUCAACCCCCACGCUCCCUCGCGAUACACCACCGUAGAGAGCUCCACCAGCCUCAAGGGCGACUCGGACGACAGCAUGGAGGGAGAGGGAGAAGGUGAGGCCCAUGGCAGUGGUGAGAGUGCCGUCUACUACACCAACGUCAAGAAUUCGCGGGAGGUCGGGCGGGCAUGCAAGAAGAUACACGACGCGGUCAGGGAGGGAGGGAGGGAACAGGGGACUGAUGGGUUUGUGGAUGGGAUGUCCUUUCGUACGUGUGUGUGUGCGUGUGUGUGCAGACGCAGCACGCGGCUGCUGAGAAGAAGUUUGUGUUGACUAUUGGUGGUGACCACAGCAUCGCUGCUGGGUCGAUAGCCGGGCUUCUCACUGAGCGACCUGACCUAGCCAUCAUCUGGGUGAGGAAAUGACUGACCUGACCUGACCCACACCCCGCCCAGCCACCAGUGCAGCCACCCAGAGUCAGCACGUGUGUGUGUGUGUGUUUGAUUCCAUGCAGGUUGAUGCACACGGCGACUGCAAUACGCCCGAAACGGUGGGCGAACGGCUAAACAGAUGAGCAGAUUGAUUGGAACCCUUCUCGAUGUGUCUGUGGUCUCAUCAGACUCCUUCGGGCAACUACCACGGCAUGCCAGCAGCCCACCUCCUGGGCUGGUUCAAGAAACUAGUGCCGGUACACACACACAGACACAUACACAGAGACAACCCUACCCUGCUGCUGCUGUUCACUUAUCUGCACCUCUCUCUCUCUCUCUCUCUUUCUCUUUGGCAAUGGCGGUGUGGUGUCAGGGGUUUGAGUGGAUGCAGAAGGUGCCGACACUGCCUGAGAAUCGCAUAGCGUUUGUGGGGCUGCGCGACCUGGACCCCGCCGAGAAGGACAUGAUGAUGCACUCGGGGGUCCACUGCUUCACCAUGCAGGAUGUCGACAGAUACGGAAUCUCCAAAGUCAUGUAUGUGCGCACGCACUUAAUGAGGAAACAUUACUUGAACCACCCACAUACACACACACACACACACACCCCACACACGCGCGCGCGCAAACACGGCCAUCUGUGAUGCAUCGAUGUAUGGUUGGGUGUCUCCAGGGACAUGGCGUUGUCGAAGAUCGACCCCGAGGGCCGCCGGCCGCUCCACUUGUCACUCGACGUCGAUGCAUGCGAUCCCGCCGUCGCACCUGGCACUGGUACGUACGGCGACACACGCACUUUCACGCAAGGAAGGCUUUUCCGGACGCACCCACCGAUGCACGUAUGUUGUGUUGUGUUGGUUGUUCUCAUGCAUGCAGGUACCAAGGCUCGCGGCGGUUUGACGUAUCGUGAGGUGCACUACAUUUGUGAGGCCAUGGCGGAGACCUCACGGCUGACCUCCAUGGACCUGGUCGAAAUCAACCCGCUCAUCGACACACCCUCGGAAGACCUGCACGGGGUAGGAGCCAACAAAUGAGCAAGGGCCUGCCUCACAGCCAUCAACUGAUGCGUGUUCUUUCUCCCUUCCUUCCCUUGUGUGUUGUGUUGCAGGACGACCCUGACAUCAAGGGCACUCAGACGGUGCGGCUCGGCGUGGAGCUCAUCGCCUCGGCACUCGGCAAGACCAUCAUGUGACGGACGACCGGGGGCCGCGCGGACCCAACCUUGUAUACCUAUGUAUCAUGCACCCUCCCACUUACCCACCCAGCCACCCAUGUAUGUAUCCCCGCCCGUUGUCACCCCUGUCCCCUCCCCUAUCUUUACCGUCGAUUGAGUGAUGUGAUCUGAUUGAUGGUAUGAAUCGGAUGGAUAGAUGGAUGAAUUUCUUGUGCCGUGCCGUGUCUGGUGUGGUGUGGUGUGAGCAUGUGUUGAGGCGUGGCGUGCACACCGUUGGUUGCCCAAGAGCGCGUUCGCCUUGUAUGCUAUCCACGCGUACACAGAAAUGAGUGCUCACUAGGUAGGGCGAGUAGGGAGGGAGGGAGAGGUGUCCUGCCUGCCUGUGUCGAGAGAGAGUGACGGUGUGUGGAUAACUCGGCUGGCUGGCUGGGUGAUGGGCGAGUGCUGUCAAGGAGGGAAUUGGAUGGUUGGUAUGGGCUGGCUGUAUCUGUGAGCGUGGUAUCUGUCUCUCAAUCUAGUGCUACCUGCUACAUUGCCACCCCGCCCCGCUGUUGUUUUUCACGAGAGUGAGUGGAUGGAGCUGCACCCUUUUUUUCGAGCGUGAGCACUGACUGAGGGGUGGAAAGAAGGAAACCCUUCCCAUGGAUGCAGACCGAUCUCGCCUCGUGUGAUGUUUUCAUUCAUGGCGGGAGGGCACGUGAACUCUCGAGCAUCAGCAACGCCUCGAUGCUUGCAGUUUCACGUGCUGGCCUGCCAUACAUGAGAGCAGCACACCAGAGCGGACCGAGCAGUGCAGUCAAAGGACAGACAGGCUGCAAGAGUAAGUGUGUGUGCCACGCUCACUGCCGUCCAGUCAGUCCACGGUUGCUUUUUCUCCGACGGCGGGUGAUUUUUUCAACCUGAUGCGCACCGAUGCGCAUCCAGCGCUCCACUCUCUCGAUGGCUCCCAUCCCACAGACCUGUGCGUCUCCGUGUACGUUGUGCGUGUGUGUAUGCCUGUGAGUAAGUGCUGAUUGAUGCAUUCAUCAUAUCGUCAUCGCGCGGAAACCGCCAUGGUUGAUGUGUGUGGGUGGUGCUGGCUGGUGCUGGCCGGUUGGUUACACGCAUCCAUGCGCAUUGCACAACGAUACACACACGGGCAGAGAGAUCUGCCUGCCUGCUUGCCUGCCUGACUGACUGCCUGCCUAACUGCCUGGUUGCCUGUCUGUCACGUCUCUCUCUCUGGCUGCCUGUGCCUGUGUGUGUCUGGGUGUCAUGCUAACUAAGCUGAGGUUGUAGAUAAGGGUGGAUGCCAUCCCCAUGCCAUGGCACGCGCUCGCCUGACUAAUGCUCGCUACUCAAUCUAUCUAUCGGCUGACUGAACUGAACUGCAUCGGUGGAUCAGACAAACCAACAACACAGUUUUGCCUGCCUGCCUGCCUGCUGUCUGCCUGAUGCUUCCUAAUGCUCUCGCCUGCUGCUUGUGCUUGUGCUGCUGCCCAUUUACUGACUGCCUCGCCCGCCUGUUGUCUCUCUGCCUGCGACGAUGACCUUUUGACCGUUUUGACUCUUACGGAUGACCACGGUGGUUGACUCUUACGGAUGACCGCCAUCGGCUCGAUGUGGGAAUGGACGACGGAGCUAACUGGCUGAUUUUUGCACUUCACUCACUCACUCCAAUUGCCAUUCACUUGCUCAGCUCAGUGAGGGUAACCAACCAACCGGUGUGGCUGUGUGCGUGUGAGGAUGGUGUGUGUGUGUGUCGUGUGGGAUGGAGGCUGGUUCGCCAGCUGUACAAUAGCUAGCUAAACCCGUGCCUGCGUGAUGGAUGGAUGGAUGGACGGAUGGGCGGGUGGGAGACUCAUCUGACACAAACUCUCAACCUGACUGGCUCACAUAACAUAAGCCAUUUGAGA